CGCACACAUUGGUCACUCAAACAACGCCAGGAAUGCAGAUGUGGAUAUUGGGCCUCAGUCCAAGGGCGUAUGCUGUAUGCAAUUAGCAACUGCUGCUCUUGGAUCGACGAUUCCACUGGAAUCAGGGGCGCCUCUCCUCGCCAUUGAAUCUGAUGAACCGGACAUGGUGCCGCUGGUGCAGAGGAGAUGGAGUAUAGCAACCGGGACGCACGCGAGACUCCUGCACAUACUUGCGUUGCAGGCGUAGUCUAGACCUGACCUCCUACCUUCGCCAUGACGAUCGUCCAGUUGGCAUCGUCGUCAUGCUCCGGAUACGACUCUGACAUGCGCGCGCGCGCAGGUGCUGGAGUUGUUCUUAUAUUACGCUCGAGGGAGUCCUAUGGUUCCAUGGCAUCGCAUUGCCACCAUGGCUCCCGCACGUGUGCCAGCUCUAGCCCAGAGCGAGUCGAAAACAAGGUUUUUCGAACGACUCGGUCUACACGAGGACAGCAAGGAGGACAAAGAGCUGUAUGCGACUAUGAAGAGAGAGGCUGUUGAAGGCAGAAAGCAUCUGAUCGAGAAGGAGUGUGCAAACAUACCAAUCAACGAGACUUCUACACAUGCUGAAAUAUUACGCAUCUACCAACGGGCGAGCUCUUCCACACGAGCGGUAUACGAUCGCGGCCGUGACACUGAUGGUGUUGCGGAGGAGAAUUGGAUAAUAAGGUGGUGUUUGUGGCACGCAUUUCGCUAUCGCGAUCAGCGCAACAACAGAAGCCGACCAGUACCUACCGCAGGGCAUGAAGGCGACCACUGGGGCGAUGAAGACGACUCCAGUAGUGGCGAUCUGGACCGUAGGACAGCGUGCAACCAUGCUUCACAAUCGUCCAAUCGAAGACACGCAUAUUGGGAUCCUGUCCGCAACAUGUGGGCACAGUCGCCAUAACAACAAUAUCUUCCGGUGGGCUCGCGCAAACUUUCAUACAUGAAGGUGGAGACCACAGCACUGCUGAGCUGUUCAGUCACCAAAGCAUAUUUGGGCUUUUCCAGGAAUCGGAUCUUCGGGGCGCUUCUACGGUUCUUUCUUCCUGUACCCCCGGACGGCUCGAUUCCUGCUCCUCAGCCCUGGUAGCUUGUCUUGUGCUGCUGCAGGAAUACCCUAAUACCGUAGGACAUGACCAUGAACAUAUUUGUUGACACACCGCCUGUUACUACUGGACAUUGCCCGUGACAUGCGGCAUCACUCCAAUGUCUGGCCAUGAAUUGCAGCAUGCCAUACCGCACAUACGGCACUGGGCUGUUGGUCGACGCAGGGAUCGACAUUGUUGUCACUAUUUCGGGAUAAACAUUGGGCAAUAGAUACCUACCUCCUAUCAGACAGAAUACGACAAACACAUCUCCCUAGUCGACCUCCCUUCAGGAGGAGUGGCUUGUGACACAUGUAGAUGCAUGAUGUCGUAGCGAAGGUUGUUUGUUUAGCCGUCUUUCUCCUCCUCGAGUCCACUUAAC